AUGGUAUCUGGACGUGGUGAUGGUGCUGCUGCCACAUCACGUCAACCGAAAUGUUCAUCGCAGCUAACAUCCUACGACAAAUACCGGAAACCGCAUGCAGUGCGCGGCGGAAUUGACGCGAAAUCAGUGCAUUUCGAGUGGAUCAGCAAGGAGCUAGAAUGUGGCAUCUGCGAGAAAACUAUACACAAUACAAUGGUCGUGCGGAACUGUAUGCAUCGAUUCUGUGCCGAUUGCAUCUUGCGAAGAAUACACACUGGCGUUCGGAAAUGCCCUACUUGUCACAAGGUUCUUCCAAAAAAGGCGCCGGUGAAGAGUGAUGAGAACUUCGAUGCAAUCAUCAGGAAGGUGGCUUUUCUACUGAGAAUUUCACUUUUCCUUCAAUUUUUCUCUAUUGGUGCGCUAGGACAGGUCGAAUUGAAUAUUGCAACUCGUUUCACGAAAAAGCGAUGUUGCGAGAACAAAACACCUGCGGAUUGUUUAACAAAUUCAGAUCCAGUUCCCCCACCGCCUCUGUUGGAACGAAUGACAACGAAGAGUUCAAAAUCUGCAAAGCAUGAUUCGGCGAGCAGUUCGGUGUCGGAAACGAAACCACCGUUGCUCCCGAGCAAUUAUUCGGAUACGUCUGAUCCGCCGCUUAAAAUCGACGAGGGUACUUCAUCAGAUGAUGGAUGUUCGAAUCUUCUGCUACCGUCAGCUGCGUCCCCUUCAAGUUAUGUUGGAAACAAUUCAGGCACAUCCACUGAUACUGGUAAAAGUAAAACCAAAACGAAACGACAAGCACGGAAUCGCUCCGGAGCGAAGCCGCUCGUUGCUGUGCAAAAAUCCAGUGGCGAUGGUGGGGCUUUUUGUUUGUUUCUUUCUUUCUUUGCUUUAAAUCACAUGUGCAGUCCCUAG